AUGCAUUCUCUGUUUUUCCACAACGCAAACGCAACAACACUACACACUCUCCACUUUCCCUUCAACUUAUCUUCUUCACUUCUUUUCCCAAACAAUCACAAUCUAUCCUCAAAACCCCGUUUCCAACGCUCCAUCAAAACCAACGCCAAACAAGUCACUAACAAAAAGGUUAUAAUCCUAUGGGACCUCGACAACAAACCUCCACGUGGACCUCCAUACGCCGCCGCACUCUCUCUCAAAACCCUCGCCGAACGCUUCGCCGACGACGUUUCAAUCUCCGCUCACACCAAACGACACUCCUUCUUCAACCUCCCUCAAUGGAACCCCGACCAAAACCCUAACCCUAAUUGCAUACUCUGCCAUGUAUGCGGUCACGAAUGCAAAUCCAUUUCCGAUCUCAAAAUCCAUUUCAGGAAAAUUCACCUAUACCAGCGCGAGAAGUUGCGUAAAAAAUUGGGAUCGAUUAAGUUGAGUCGGUCGAAGGUCGGGUUUAUUCGGAGGAUACAUACGUAUAAUGAAGCUGCGGGGAAUGAUGUUGCGCCUAGGGUUGAAUUUGGAUUGGGUUCGGAGUUGCGGCGGGCGGGGGUUUUUGUUAAAGUUGUGAAGUAUGGUGAGAAGGGGAAUGCGGCUGAUUUGUGGUUGAAGAGGGAGAUGAUGAGUGGGGAGAUUGGUUGGUUGGUUUUGGUUUCGGAUGAUAAGGAAUUUUCGGAGAUGUUGAGGAAGGUUAGGGAGGUGGAUUUGAAGACAGUUGUUGUUGGGGAUUAUUGGGAUAGAGAUUUGGGGAAGAAUGCUGAUUUGUGGCUUCCUUGGAUUGUUGUUGAGAAUGGGAAUGUUGAGGGAAUGGAUGUAAUGGGAAGAGGAACAAUAACAGAGGAUUUGGAUGAUGAAUUGGUAUAG